AUGCAUGGUUGGUGGAAGCAGGGCCACUGCGUGACAAUCAGACUUGUGUACGCAGCACCAAUACUAAUGCUAGUGAUAAUAGCAAUAAUAAUAUCAAUAAGAGUAAUAUUAAUAUUACUAUUACUCUUACUAUUAUUAUUAUCAUUAUUAUUAUUAUUAUUAUUAUUAUUAUUAUUAUUAUUAUUAUUAUUAUUAUUAUUAUUAUUAUUACUCUUAUUAUUAUUAUUAUUAUUAUUACUCUUAUUAUUAUUAUUAUUAUUAUUAUUACUCUUAUUAUUAUUAUUAUUAUUAUUAUUAUUAUUAUUAUUAUUAUUAUUAUUAUUAUUAUUAUUAUUAUUAUUAUUAUUAUUAUUAUUAUUAUUAUUAUUAUUAUUAUUAUUAUUAUUAUUAUUAUUAUUAUUAUUAUUAUUAUUAUUAUUAUUAUUAUUAUUAUUAUUAUUAUUAUUAUUAUUAUUAUUAUUAUUAUUAUUAUUAUUAUUAUUAUUAUUAUUAUUAUUAUUAUUAUUAUUAUUAUUAUUAUUAUUAUUAUUAUUAUUAUUAUUAUUAUUAUUAUUAUUAUUAUUAUUAUUAUUAUUAUUAUUAUUAUUAUUAUUAUUAUUAUUAUUAUUAUUAUUAUUAUUAUUAUUAUUAUUAUUAUUAUUAUUAUUAUUAUUAUUAUUAUUAUUAUUAUUAUUAUUAUUAUUAUUAUUAUUAUUAUUAUUAUUAUUAUUAUUAUUAUUAUUAUUAUUAUUAUUAUUAUUAUUAUUAUUAUUAUUAUUAUUAUUAUUAUUAUUAUUAUUAUUAUUAUUAUUAUUAUUAUUAUUAUUAAUAUUAUUAUUAUUAUUAUUAUUAUUAUUAUUAUUAUUAUUAUUAUUAUUAUUAUUAUUAUUAUUAUUAUUAUUAUUAUUAUUAUUAUUAUUAUUAUUAUUAUUAUUAUUAUUAUUACUCUUAUUAUUAUUAUUAUUAUUAUUAUUAUUAUUAUUAUUAUUAUUAUUAUUAUUAUUAUUAUUAUUAUUAUUAUUAUUAUUAUUAUUAUUAUUAUUAUUAUUAUUAUUAUUAUUAUUAUUAUUAUUAUUAUUAUUACUCUUACUAUUAUUAUUAUCAUUAUUAUUAUUAUUAUUAUUAUUAUUAUUAUUAUUAUUAUUAUUAUUAUUAUUAUUAUUAUUAUUAUUAUUAUUAUUAUUAUUAUUAUUAUUAUUACUCUUAUUAUUAUUCCUAGCGUUUGUUCCGCGUUGUUGCAGGCUCCGCCAUUCUGCUUCAAGUUUUCCGUUUGGUUCAAUAUAUUAA